CUUCAGUACCGAGCCGUGCCGGGUCAGGACUCGACGUGGACGUAUAUCCUCCUCCUCCUCUCAUUCAACCGCUGCGUCGCUCGUCGUGCGUGAUAUGCGCCGGAACGUUUGCCCGGAAAAUUAUUGCGCAAUUUUCAAAUCGACGGUACACAUUUCGUUCAAUAUUGUUUGUUAACAAAUUACCAGAAUUUUUUCAAAUACCAAUAUAAGCAAAUAAAAAAAAAAUGUAUAAUUCUACUGCAAAAAUUUUGAUGUUUUUUUCUUAAAUUUCGCUGAUUCUUUUGGCGUUGAAAAUUAAUAUUCCGUGUGUGUGAUAACGAUUGUUAUAAUAAAUAAACAACAGAUACGUAGAAUCGGUGGAAAUUAUCGAUCGUAUUGUCAAUCAAUGAUAAUUAACGCUAAUUACUGAUCAAUCAAUUAACUAAUUGUCAUGAACCUUACACAAGUGAACGCACAUUUUAAUAAAUUUUCGGCCAAGUUACGCAAGAUGUGUUGAACGUAUAUUUUUAUACCUGUUAAAAAUUGUGAAUAAUUGAAGAAGAUUUGACCCUCCGUUUCUCCAUAGAUAAUAUAAAUAUAGUAAAUAAUCUUUAUAAAAUGUAUCAUUGACUUUAAACUAAAACGGGUGAAUAUAUAUAAUCGGUAUCCAGUGUGCAGUGUAAUUUUUUUUCGACUUUACACGCAAUGUGUGAAAGAAUAUCGUUUUCAGUUUUUUUCGAAAAAAUCUCAUUCGGUGAACGAGAUAAUUAUUCUUCGUAUACUUGAUAAAAUAAUUCACUGACCGAAACAAUUUUUAACGUACCAACCGUCAAGUGUAAAAAAUACAUAAUAUAUUUGAAAACGAAACAACGAUAAAAAAAAAUAAUGGAACCUACCAACAAGGGCGUGAAUUUUGGAUACUCCUUGAAGUAAAGAAACUGUGAUUCAGGAAGUUUGAAAGGCUCCGGAAACCCGAGAGAAAAGACGCAACUUGAAAAGCCCGUAUAUAUUUUUCCGAUAAGAGGGUAAAUACCAGACAGAAACAAAAUGGCAUACCGGGGACGGAAGGUAGGAAAGUUUUGAAACAUCGAGCAGCGCUGCGGGGAGUUGGAUGUGCGAAUAUAUCGCGUACAGUGGCGGGGUGCAGGAGCGGAGCGAAUCUGCGGCGGCAUCAAGGGAUGAGAGAUGGGCAAUUGGUGAAUUGCGAACGAAUUCGACCAACAGGUGCGCGAGCGAAAAACGACGACGAUAGUGCGGGAGUAAUGGUUGAUUAGACAAGGCGGGCGGUUAUGACGAUCGCUGAUUAGCCGAGUGCUGCUGCAGGGGGUGAAGGUGAACGAAUAGUGAUGGGUGCGGGUGGUGGUUGAGUGACGUAGGGUCGGUGUUGAACGGGGCUCGACGAGAAUAACGAGAAUAGAUUGAGAAAGUUAAAAAAAUAAAUAAAUAAAUAAAACAACAACAAGGAUACGAAAAUUAGGAGCAGCUAAUAACAAAGGAGGGAAAAUGUGGUGGUGCGUAAUUGGUACGACGAUUAUCCUGGUGUUAAGAUCUACCGAGGUUUACCCCCAGCUUGAUGAUAUAUUGUCGGAUCUGGAUAAGCCGAUACCGGUGAUCGACGUGGUUGGUGUCGCGGGUGACAAGGUGCAGUUACCGUGCGACGUGCAGCCGACAGAUCCGGACGACGCAAUAUUCAUGGUGUUGUGGUUCAAGGGGGACGGAAUGGAGCCGAUAUACAGCUUCGAUGUGCGGGAUCGCCAGUUUUAUUCUCCAUCGUUGUGGUCUUCGCCGACCGCUUUGGGACCCAGGGCCUUUUUUGUCACCGCUUCUAAUCCGGCCCACCUCAGCAUCGACAGGCUCGAGGUUAAAGACGAAGGAAUCUACCGGUGCAGAGUCGACUUCAAAAAUUCACCGACCAGAAACCAGAAAAUGAAUUUAACCGUGAUUGUCGCGCCGGAGAGGCCAAUCAUACUCGAUGGAACAACGAGGGAUAUAUCGAGGAUCGAGGAGCCGUACAACGAGGGCGACGACGUGAACCUCAUCUGCGAAACGAGGGGCGGCAAACCCCCGCCAAGGCUGACUUGGUUCCUCGAAAACACGGUGAUAGAUGAGUCUUACCACUACAAAACCGACACCGGGGUUACCGUCAACCACUUGUCAUACCCCAAAGUUGGCAGGCAGCACCUCAAGGCGCGGCUCAUUUGCCAGGCGAGCAACACAAACCUCGUUCAGCCCCAGUCGAAGCUUCUGAUACUCAACGUCAACCUCAAACCAUUGGUGGUUCAGAUACUGACUAAGGAGCCGCGCUUAUCGGCGGACAAGAAGUACGACGUCGAGUGCAGAAGCACUGGAUCCAGACCGAUGGCUGUGAUCACGUGGUGGAUCGCAAACAGGCAGAUAAAGAAGGCGAAAAAUUAUUCGACGGAGAAUAACCAGAGUCUGAGCAUACUGAGUUUCGUUCCGACGAUCGACGACGACGGUAAAUACCUGACAUGUCGAGCGGAGAAUCCGGUGAUACCGGAUAGCGUGAAGGAGGACAAAUGGCGCCUCGAUGUUCAGUAUCAGCCCGUAGUAACUCUGCGCAUGGGAUCAACUCUGAAUCCUGACGACAUCAAGGAGGGUGCCGAUGUCUACUUCGAGUGCAAGGUCAGGGCGAAUCCGAAGGAGUACAAGCUCGCCUGGUUCAAGGACGGUAAGGAGCUGAAGAACAACGCGACGGCCGGCGUAGUUCUUAGCGACUACUCUCUGGUGCUUCAAGGGCUUACACGGAGUUCCGCAGGCGAGUACACCUGCCUGGCAGCGAACAGCGAGGGAAAGACUGCGAGCAACUCUGUACCUCUUCAGAUAAUGUUUGCCCCCGUAUGCAAAGAAGGUAAGGCCGAAAACGUCGUGGGUGCUUUGAAGCAGGAGACAGUAUCGCUGGUCUGCAACGUCGAGAGUCGACCGCCACCGUUGACCUUCCACUGGACUUUCAAUAACUCUGGCGAACUCGUCGAGGUUGCUCAGCCCAAACACGUCAACGUCCAAUCUCCGGGGACUCCAUCGAUAGCGGAGAGCCUCAGGGAGUAUCAACGCUUUCACGGACCCCGUCUUAACUACACUCCGUCAACUGAACUCGACUAUGGGAUGCUCGCUUGCUGGGCUAGCAAUCAGGUCGGAAAGCAGCGCACUCCCUGCCGGUUUCAGGUGAUAGCAGCAGGGCGGCCGUAUCCUUUGCACAAUUGCACGGCCAACGAAUUAUCAGCGCAUCUAGAGUUUGAGGAUCUGGGACCAAAGUCGGGUUCCGGUCUGGCAGUUAAGUGUACCGAAGGUUACGACGGAGGUCUUCCCAUCCAGGCGUACCAAAUCGACGUUGUCGGGGAAGAAGACGACGCGUGGAUAGUGAGGAACAAAACCGUGCCUGCUGGGCCCCACGGGCCCAUUUUCGAGGUCGCGGGACUCACCGCUGGACGAAGCUACCGCAUCUUUCUCUACGCGGUCAACGCCAAGGGCAGAAGCGAGGCCACGAUUUUGGAACCCGUUACAUUGAAGGGGGUCGCCAUGUACACCACUGGGAACGCGGACGCCUCGAUCCUGAGUCCGGUCCUCCUUGGCUUGGCGGCGACGGCGACGCUCCUCGCCCUGGCGGUGGCCGGGGUCCUGGCAGCUCUCUACCGGAAGCACACAACCGGAAGGGGCGGAGGGCAGAGUCCGAAGCAUGCCCCGAUCGCCAGGGAGCCGACCCAGGCCGGGGUCACGACUCCGAUGCACCCCGGAAGCAAGCAGACGCCGGACGACAUGGACCCCGACAUCAUCCCCAACGAGUACGAGAGGAGACCCUUGACGUAUACGCCUAUCUACAAAACUCCACCGCAGCGUAGAAGAAAGGAUUUACGUUUGGGUGACGUUCUGCCGGAUGAAAAACCUACCGUACAACGGAAGGUGGACCUUCAGCCUGAUCCACGACUCGCCGAGAUUGAUUCGAAUUUUCUUCAGAAUCAUCAUCACACCCUUCAUCAUCAGAACACUUACACCCAGCCACCGACGAUGGCUGACUUCAAACAGAUGGCGAUGGACGCCUACAAUCAGCGAAACAAUCAAAACGUAUACUACAGCCUGCAGAGAUCAAACAAGGGUGUUGCGGGGCUUCCCCAACGGCCGGUGUCGUCCUCGAUAUCCGCCCACGCGAAAUUUCAUCAACCGGAAGUGGUUACCAGAUCGAAUAGAAUACAGGAAAGUUGUAUAUAAGGACGAUCAACGAAAAGUGGUAUCAAUACGAGGUGGAAAAUGAGAGUCACCUACGUGAGAAUAAAUAUCUCGAUCAAUCGACGAGACAGACUUUUGAAUAAAAGUAAAAAAAUUAGUUAACAUUUUUAUUUUUUUCUUUCAAUUUCAACAAACGAUAUGCAAUAAUUCGGUUAUUUUUUAACAGUGAAGUGCAGUACAUCACCGUCUUCACCGUUGUAUGUUAUGUUAAUAAAUGAAAAAUAUAUAUAUAUAUAUAUAUAUUUAUAGUUUUUGAGCGGCGCGUUGAAGUUUGAAAUUUCAUAUUAUAUAAAAUGACUAUGCGAAUGAAUAAUUACUUAACGUAGCCGUUAUUCUUAUUUCGGGAUUUAUCGAUGCAAUUCGAAACGAAUUUUGAAAACUUGUUUAUAGAAAUGAAAAGUUAUGUAUAAUAAA